AUGAAGAGUAUGCAGAAAUUCAGCCCACAAAGAGCUUUCUACCACUCUGUUAAUGCUCAGUCGCAUGAAGAAGCUAUGCGUUCUGUGCAGGAGCUAUUUGGGAACAUCCAUAAAGUUGUCUCAAAGGCACAACAACUCAGCUGUGGUCUCUGCAGAUGUUUACCAGAACUUUCGAUCUCUCGUAUCUUCCUCUGCACUUCGUGUGACUCGGUCUCUCCUGGGAAAAGAUUCAUUCUACGUCUGCCUUAA